AUGAAGUCCAUCUCUGCCAUUCUCGUCUCCCUCCUGGCGACCUCGGUCGCGGCUGGCCCCGUCGUCACCACGGUGACCAUUGCCCUGGCCAACGACCAGACAGGCGCCCAAGGCAGUGCGGCCAUCCCCGCCGACGGCAGCGAGCAGAGCAUCCAAAACCUCUACGGCAACACCGGAGUCGGCACCAGCGGCGUUGUCAAGGCCUCGUCGGCGCAGUUGACGAACUUCCAGCAGACGACGAACUGCGUGAUCAAGAAAUACGGAUCGGUUCUGGCCACCCUGACUGCCCAGAAGACGUUUGCGGACUUGGACGGGAACCCGAACGCGGCGGUGCCCGUGGAUUUGAGCGCGGCGGUUGUUCAGUGCACUGUUUGAAGGAUGUCUAGAUAGACUCUUGGGGGAUGGGGUUAAUGUCUAGUGCUUGCUGAUGGUCGGUUGGGAAGGGUUUGAUCCUAAUGAGGGAUGUGAUGUAAUUAUUUCGGGAUUUGAAUGUUGACUAAUUUGAGC